UUCAGUGUUUCUCGGGCCGGUUCACCCCGCGUCCCGAUGACAUCAAUCAGGCAGAUAUGCGGUGGGGUAGCAAUGUUGAUCUGUUAUACAUCUUCAAUCCCACACCAGUAUCUGUUGCCUUCCUGUUCUCGGGCUUGGCAUGCUCACCUGUGGUUGUGUGUGAGGUCCAAGUCAGACGAGCGAGGAAUCACCGGGCUAUGAUGCAUACAGUAGAAGGUCCGGCAAGCUAGAUCUGACUUCACCAUGUACGUCUCCGAAAUGCUCCGCUUCAGCCGGCUGUCGAUAAUCCUGACCGUCUUUCUGGACUACUGGAACACUAUCACAUCCACAGUGACCAAUCACCAGCCCGAAAAAGGCGUCCCGCUCGAGUUGCGUGUCAAUUUGGUCCAUAAGAACCCUGGAGAAGGGCCAACUCAGACGAAGUAUUCCGAUCCGCGCGUUGUAAAGAGUUUGGGAUACAAUGUCAUGGUCAAGCAUGAUGGACAGCCGCCAUCCGCCGCCAUCACCUGGGAGACCUUCGAUCCUGCUAUCUUCCCGGCAGGCUCGAAGUCGAGACAAUGGGUUGAAGAUCUAGCAAUUGUGAUCGACAAUGAUAUUCAAGCUAUACACAAUGAGGGCUUGAAAGCCAUGUACUGGUUCGACAUGUUCACCUUGCCAAAAUCACUCGUGGAGAGAUAUGGAGAUGUCAUCGUGGAUCAAAGUGGGAAGUGGUCGAUGGACUCGAAGCAAAUGUACAAUAUCACAGUGUACAUGCUGAAUGCUGUCUUUGAACGAUUUCCCGCUCUGGAUGGCCUCCUCGUCCGGACCGGAGAGAUAUACACCUUUGAUGUACCCUAUCAUGUGGGUGCAAGUCCGAUCACAGAUGGAUACAAGAGUCACAUCAAGCUCCUGAAGGCUCUAGAGGAGACAGUCAUCAAGAGACACAACAAACUCCUGCUGUACCGCACCUGGUCUUUCGAUGGCUUUAUCAACGAUCCCGAAUACUACCUCAACGUGACAAAUGAGAUCCAGCCUCACCCCAAUCUCUACUUUGUCAUCAAACAUACCGAAGCUGACUUUUGGCGAACAGUCAAGUUCAAUCCCACUCUAGGAAUUGGAAAGCAUCAGAGCCUAGUGGAAAUCCAGUGUCAGCGAGAAUACGAAGGCAAAGGUGCGACCCCUCAAUACGUGAUGCACGGUGUGAUCGAUGGCUUUGAGGAAUACAACACGAUCUACAAGAAGAAUCCUGCAAAGUAUGAUGACUAUACGGGACAUCGAAGGCUCAAGGACCUCGUCGGGUCACCUCUCUUCAAAGGUAUAGUCACUUGGUCUAGGGGUGGAGGAUGGAACGGUCCCUAUCCUGCAGACGAGUUCUGGAUUGACAUGAAUGUCGAAGUGAUCGCCCGUUGGGCCCUGAAUCCGACCAUCUCGGAAGAGGACGUUUUCCAGCAGAUUUAUCAGUAUAUGGAGAGUGGCUCAAUGCGAGCCCUCAGGCAGUUGGCUCUCACUGCCUCACGAGGCGUACUCCUGGGACACUAUUCCCUGAUACACCAAUUGAGCCGUCUCGAGUGGACCAGAGACUCGCAUAUCGGCGGGAUGGAUCUAGCACUGGCUAAAGAAGCCGCUCAGAUCGUCGAUGCUGAGCAAGUCGAUGCCGCUCUUAAGGAAAAAGAGGAAGCUUUGCGCCUCUGGGACGAGGUGGAGCGUCUGGCUCACGAUGUGAAGGUCAGCGACACGAGAUUGCGAAACUUUAUGGACUCGAGCAUCAAUUACGCCCAGCUCUAUUACCGCCUCAUCGCCACCUCCUGGACUGUAGGCUUGCUUGGCCUGAAAGGUAACCAGACUGGAGUGUUCGAAAUCGAACGGAUCAAGUCCGCCAUGAACGAUUACGAUGCUACACUUAUACGAUAUAACGAGCUUUCCAAUCGAAAUCAAAGUGGUGUGCUUUCAUCGCUGUACACGCCGUUCGACGCAGGCAUCUUUGCUCCAGGCGGCGAUGCAAAUACUGGAGCCAGUCCAACAGUGAACCAGUGGCGUUUCGUGGUAAAGAACGAAUCAUGAAUCUAGAAGCAUUGUUUACGGAUCCGGCAUGCAUGCUCCGGGGAAUCACGAGUGACGGCAAAGAAACAGGUGACGGGACACUCAAAGGGAAUAUAGAGGCACUGCAGGAUCCAGUCUAGCAUUGGGACCGGAUCAAGAUGCCGCGGACUUUUCGAGCGACAUUGCGAAGGCGAUCGCGGAACCUCCGACCAUUUUCCAGGGGCGGCGGC